GCUAAGGCAACUUUCCGAGCCGAAAUAAGUCGGAGCACUCAUGGGGCUUGGUCCGCACUCCUCGCGCGAGGCAGGGCGCCGGUUCCCAGCUGGUGGCAAACGGCGGCGCGGGGCCAAGGGAUCGGGUCGUCCCCCGCUAGGUCGCGAGCGACAACACCAUCCGCCUCGGGAUGGGCGCUCGGAACCAGCUCUCGAGGCGCCCUUUCACUUGAGCCCCGAAGCUUUGGGAUAUUUCCGCCGGGCGCUUUCGGCGCUGAAAGAGGCUCCUGAGAUCGGGGAAGAAAGAGAACUAAUGGUGCAGAAUGUCCUGAAGGAAGUGGAAUCUGAGGCCCUUGCCUUGGCUACAAACAGGACUGGCAGUGAAAUGCUCCAAGAACUGUUGAGGUUCAGUCCCUUGAAACCGUUCUGUCGAAUAUGGACUGUUCUGCACCCCAACUUGCGCUUUGUUGCCUGUCAUCGGUGUGGGGUCCAUGUGUUGCAAAGCGCUUUGCUGCAGCUGCCUCGCUUGCUGGGGAGCCCUGCAGUGGAGGACGUGGAGGAGGAAGAAGAUGAAAAGGAUGGUCCCAUGGAGACCCUGGAGGAGCUGGUCCUGGGACUAGCAGCUGAAGUGUGUGAUGACUUUCUUUUCUACUGUGGAGACACACAUGGCAGCUUCGUGGUCAGGACUCUACUGCAGGUGUUAGGAGGGACCCUUCUGGAAUCUGAGAGAGCCAAGCGUGGAUCCCAAUCUUCUGAAGUGCAAAGGGAAUGUAAACCAACUGAUUUUGAGGUCCCUGAAACCUUCUUGAAUCGUCUUCAGGACUUGAGCACCUGCUUUCUGAAGGACAUUGCUGUGUUCAUCACUGACAAAAUCUCCAGCUUCUGUCUUCAAGUGGCCUUACAGAUCUUACACCGCAAACUGCCCCCGCUUUGUGCCCAUCUCUGCAGUGCUGUGAUUGGCUACUUGAGUACUCGCAAUUCCUCAGCAGAAGGCAGCCCUCUACUGCUGUUUCUGCGGGAUCAGACAAGUUCUCGACUCUUGGAACAGGUGCUGCUGGUGUUGGAGCCCCCAAGGCUGCAGAGCCUCUUUGAGGAUCAUUUCCAGGAGCAGUUGCAGGCCUUGGCUGCACAUCCCAUUGCCAACUUCCCUUUGCAGCGCUUGCUAGAUGCUGUCACUACUCCUGAGCUGCUGUCUCCUGUGUUUGAAGAGUUGAGCCCUGCCCUGGAAGCUGUGCUGGCUCAGGGCCACCCAGGAGUAGUUGUUGCCCUCGUAGGGGCCUGCCGUAGAGUUGGGGCCCACCAAGCCCAGGUCCUGCAGCUGUUGUUGAAGGCAUUCCACUGUGCAGAGCCAUCAUCCCGGCAAGUGGCCUGUGUGCCUCUCUUUGCCACUUUGAUGGCUUAUGAGGUGUACUAUGAACUGAUGGAGGAGGAGGAGGCAGUGCCUGCCGAGCACCAGGUGGAAAAGGCGGAGGCCAGGCCCCUGGGGGAAGUGACAGUCCUUGGGUCUCUACUGCUCCAGCAUUUGCUGCAUUUCUCUACCCCUGGUCUUGUGCUUCGAAGUCUGGGUGCCUUGACAGGGCCACAGCUCCUGUCUCUGGCCCAAAGCCCUGCUGGCUCCCACGUGUUUGAUGCUGUUCUCACCAGCCCCUCUGUGACCCGAAAGCAGCGCCGCCGUUUGCUGCAGAUCCUAAAGGGACAAUAUGUGGCCCUAGCUUGUAGUCGCCAUGGCAGCCGUGUGCUAGAUGCCAUCUGGAAUGGAGCAGCCUUGGGGGCUCGGAAGGAAAUUGCAGCUGAACUGGGGGAGCGGAACCAAGAGCUGAUCAGAGAUCCUUUUGGCCACCAUGUGGCUCGAAAUGUGGCCUUGACUACCUUCCUGAAGCGGCGAGAGGCCUGGGAACAGCAGCAGGGGACAGUGGCCAAGCGGAGGCGGGUCCUGAACUCAAUACUUGAAGACUGAAUGAAGCUUUUGCAUCUGUGACUGAGUGUUGAUGGGGGAAGGAAAAGGGAGUAUUUAUCCUACGUCUCUCUUGGUUU